UUUUUAUUUUUAAUUUUAUUGAAAUCAAUUUCACUCGUUAUUUAAAUAAACCCUUAAUUAUCCAAAACCAACAAACAAUAAGAUGAUGGCUUAAUUGAAAGGAAUAAAAUUACUAUGGUAUAAUCUGAACUUUUUUUUGGCCAAAAGGUAGAAUCUCAAAUUUAAAAGCAGUAAAGUGGCUAAUUAGAUUAAAGGAAAAGAAAGCACAAAAAGGAGCCCAAUAAAAUCUGGACCGUCCAAUGAACAAUGAAAAAGUGGGCCCAUCAAUGGGUUCACCUAAAUUUAUUCCAGUAAAAAAAAAAUCCAGAUCCAAAAAUAAUUUCAAAUCCAUUGUUUUCCUUAAAAACCCCCCCAAAUAAAAUAAAUAAAUAAAAACAGUAGUAACAGACAGACAUAUGGAAUAAUUAAACCCCAAAUUCAAACUCUGUUUAUUUCCCUCUAACGGCUACAUUUCUCUCGCUUUCACUCUUUCUUUCUUUCUAUCCAUUUCUCUCGUUUCCUUGCCCUGAUCUCCACUUUCUCUCUUUUUUCCCUCUGUUUUCUUUUCUGUUCCAACAAACAGGAAAAGAAACAUGAACAGAAAAGAAAACAUGAAGCAUUUCAUGUUACCACGAAACACGGUCUACAGAGAGCAGAUGGAGAAUCCUUCUACCCCAAACCCUACCUCUUCUAAGUCCAAACGGAAACAUCCAAAAUCUUCCAAAGAAAACGCACCGCCUCUCGAUCCCAACUCCCAUCGUUCCCCCGCCAUAAUGGCCAAGAUCAAGAGUCCGUUGCCACCUCGCCCGCCUUCCUCCAACCCUCUCAAACGCAAACUUUAUACCGAAACCCUCCCCGAAAGCUCUGUCUCAGGAAUUCCCGAUUCCGGUGUCAAGGUUAUUGUACGGAUGCGGCCACCAAUUAAAGAAGAGGAAGAGGAGGAAACGAUUGUUCAGAAAAUUACAAGUGAUUCUUUGAGUAUCAAUGGGCAAACCUUCAUGUUUGACUCAGUCGCCAACGCGGAUGCAACUCAGCUAGAUAUCUUCCAGCUAGUAGGAGCACCUCUUGUCGAAAAUUGUCUUGCUGGGUUUAACAGCUCGGUGUUUGCUUAUGGCCAGACUGGAAGUGGAAAGACUUAUACGAUUUGGGGUCCAGCCAAUGCCUUGUUGGAAGAAGAUUUAUCCAGUGAUGAACAAGGCUUAACUCCCCGUGUGUUUGAGCAACUCUUUGCUCGUAUAAAUGAGGAACAAAUUAAGCAUGCUGAUAAACAACUCUACUAUCAAUGUCGCUGUUCUUUUCUCGAGAUCUAUAAUGAACAAAUCACAGAUUUGUUGGAUCCAAAUCAAGGAAACCUGCAGCUAAGAGAAGAUGUAAAAUCUGGGGUCUAUGUUGAGAAUUUGACAGAGGAGUAUGUAAGUUCGAUGAACGAUGUGACUCAGCUGUUAAUAAAGGGAUUAUCAAAUAGAAGGACAGGUGCGACUAGUAUCAAUGCCGAAAGUUCCCGUUCACAUAGUGUUUUUACUUGUGUUGUUGAAUCCCGAUGUAAGAGUGUGGCUGAUGGUGUAUGUAGCUUUAAAACAAGCCGAUUAAAUCUAGUUGAUCUAGCAGGCUCAGAGCGACAAAAAUUAACUGGUGCCGCAGGGGAGCGCUUAAAGGAGGCAGGGAAUAUUAAUCGUUCACUCUCACAGCUUGGGAACUUAAUAAAGAUUCUUGCUGAAGUUUCUCAAACCGGAAAGCAAAGGCAUAUUCCCUACAGAGACUCCAAGUUGACAUUUCUAUUGCAGGAAUCUCUUGGUGGUAAUGCAAAAUUAGCAAUUGUCUGUGCAAUUUCUCCAGCACAAAGCUGUAAGAGUGAAACAUUCAGUACAGUACGGUUUGCUCAGCGUGCAAAAGCAAUCAAGAACAAGGCGGUUCUUAAUGAAGUAAUGAAGGAUGAUGUAAAUUUUCUGCGUGAAGUGAUUCGGCAGUUGAAGGAUGAACUCCAUCGAAUGAAAGCUAAUGGCAACAACCAAACUGAUCCAAAUGGAAGUUACUCAACCGGAUGGAAUGCCCGUAGGAGCUUGAAUUUGUUAAAAUUUAGCCUUAAUCAUCCAAGGACAUUACCUCAUGUUGAUGAAGAUGGUGACGAAGAGAUGGAAAUUGAUGAGGAAGCUGUUGCGAAUUUUUCUGCUCAAGUAGGUCUGCAAGCAGCAGAUAUAUAUCAUUGUUCAAAUGAAGUGACUAACCUAGAGAUAAUUGGAUCAGAUUCAGGAAAUACCACCUCUGAAAAUGGAUGUGCUGGUGAUCCAUGGCCUAAGGCAUCUGAAUGUGCCAAAGCACAUUAUGCUCAGGAUACUGAUGUGAACAUGGAGGAAGAAAUAACCGAAGUUCCUAAAACCUCUGAAAAUAUGAUUGCUGAUUGUGUUGAACCUGAUACAAACACCCGAAACAUUUUUAGUGCUCAUGAAAGUGUCAAAGAGAAUCCAGGCCAUGUAACUGUUGAAACAACUGAUGGGGAUUCCCCUGUGAUUCUUAAAUCCCCAAUACCAAGUGUCUCACCUGAAGUCAACUGGAGUAGGAAGAGUCUUAGGACAUCAUCAAUGUUUGCUGCUUCGCAGAAACAUCUUAAGGAUGAUGGCCCAGAGGGCAUGCGUGUAUCUUUCACAUCAACUGAACAUUUGGCAGAUAGCCUCCAUCGCGGUCUUGAGAGUAUUGAUCAGAGUUUGGCAUUAAGGAGAUCAUCAUUUCGUUUUUCAUUAAAACCUGCUGAUUCUAAGCCAAUCCUUGCAGCUCAUAAAGCUGAUGUUGGAGUCCAAACUUUUCCUCAAGAUUAUGAGAUUCAAGGAGAAGAGGCUGUAGUGUUUCUAUGUAGUAAUUGUAAACAGAGAACAAACCUGGAGGGCAAAGAGGACAAGGAAAGCUCAAACUUGCAGUUGGUCCCUGUUGAUGAGCCAGAGUCUGCUGAUAAAACCAAGAAGCAAGUUCCGAAGGCAGUGAAGAAGGUUUUGGCUGGAUCUAUCAGGAGAGAAAUGGCUCUUGAAGAGUUCUGUGCCAAGCAAGCUUCUGAGAUAAUGCAGUUAAACCGUUUGGUGCAACAGUAUAAACAUGAGAGAGAAUGCAAUGAAAUUAUAAGGCAGACAAGGGAGGAUAAAAUUCUUCGCCUUGAGAGCCUUGUGGAUGGUGUUUUACCUACUGAGGAAUUCAUGGUAGAAGAGCUAGCUUCCCUCACACAUGAACACAAGCUUCUGAAGGACAAAUAUGAGAAUCAUCCUGAGGUUUUAAGAACGAAGAUUGAGUUGAAAAAAGUUCAGGAUGAGCUGGAGUGCUUUCGAAAUUUUCAUGAUUUGGGUGAGAGGGAAGUGUUGAUAGAAGAAAUUCAGGAUUUAAGAAACCAGUUACAGUACUAUAUAGACUGUUCUUCCACAUUAGCUCGAAGACAAAAUUCUCUACUGCAGUUGACAAAUUCAUGUGAGCCCAAUGUGCCUCCACCUCUUGGUGCAAUACCAGAGACAAGUGAGGAGAGUGCUGAAGAGAAAUUUGAACAAGAGAGAAUUCGGUGGACUGAGGCAGAAAGCAAAUGGAUUUCUCUUGCAGAGGAAUUGAGGACUGAACUUGAUGCUAGCAGGUUACUAGCUGAAAAAAGGAAACAGGAACUAAUAAUGGAGAAGAAAUGCGCAGAAGAAUUGAAGGAAGCAUUGCAGAUGGCUAUGCAGGGAAAUGCAAGAAUGCUUGAACAGUAUGCAGAUCUUGAAGAAAAACAUAUUCAAUUGCUUACAAGGCAUAGGAAGAUUCAAGAGGGAAUAGAAGAUGUUAAAAAGGCAGCUGCUAAGGCAGGGGUUAGGGGUGCUGAAUCUAAGUUCAUAAAUGCCCUUGCUGCUGAAAUUUCUGCGUUGAAAGUGCAGAGGGAAAAGGAGAGGCGGUAUCUUAGGGAUGAGAAUAAAGGACUCCAAGCUCAAUUGAGGGAUACUGCUGAAGCAGUCCAGGCUGCGGGCGAAUUGCUUGUAAGGCUAAAAGAAGCAGAGGAAGCUGUGGCUGCUGCACAGAAGCGAGCAAUGGAAGCAGAACAAGAAACUGAGAGGGUUCACAAACAGAUUGAUAAAUUAAAAAGAAAACAUGAACACGAGAUUGGCACUCUUAAUGAGCUGCUUGCAGAAUCGCAUCUACCUAAAGAAGCAAUACGACCUGCUUAUGAUAAUUUUGAUAUUGUGAAGUAUGAUGCAGGUGAGAUCCAUGAUGCCAGUGAAUCUCAGCGAUGGCGAAAAGAAUUUGAACCAUUCUAUAAUGGUGAGGAUGGUGAGUUAUCUAAACUUACAGAAAACUCAUCAUGGUUCUCUGGAUAUGAUCGAUGCAAUAUAUAGUAUCACGUUUAACCGCAGAAUAGUGUAUGUAUUACUAACAGUUCCUGUCAUAUAGCUCCAAUGUUUGUAGCUGUUUUUAUGUUCAUCUGUAUACCAGUUGUUGCCAAUAUUGGGGCACCAUUAUCUUGGUUCCCUUAAUGUUAUUUGUAAUCAAAUUCAGAUUCUUUCUUUUCAUAAGAGUUGAUUUAUAUUCUUUUUCUGAGAACAAGGAUUUCUCAUAUUUUCCUCUUUGAUUCUGGAUUUCUCAUAUCUCUUGGCAAAAAAUUGAAACACGAUUGCGAGCAAUGUGUACACAUUCAAGCACAUAAACAAACAUCAUGGCACAUAUGUUUGCUAUCCAUAUCGUUUCCACAUUCCAAAACAUGGCAUUACAGAGAUAGAGAAAGAAAGAGUUAUUAAACUUGUAUUUGAACUUGUAGUUUCUCUCAUUUGUAGGUGUUCUGGACCCCCAAAGUUAAUCAUACAAUGGACAUGUAGGAAGAUCUGAAAAGCUGAAUACAGAUGUUUUUGAACUCUUUAGAUCAUUUAUUUGUUUGGUUUUGUUGUCAAUAGGAUAGGGGGGCAAUUUCUUUUCAUUUUUGGAAGGCAAAAACAAGACAGUUCACAUUGAGAGCUUCCUGACAAUAGGAGUCUUAUCAUUUCCUGGAGACCAUAAAACAGGAAGCUUGUGGCCUUGUCUUCCCAUUGACAUCAGUCUAUCCCUACCUCUGGACCAUUUCUCACACUUUGAGACCCAAUUUUUAAAGC